AUGCCUUUAAAGUUGCAGCAAUCGAAAGUAUUAAGCUACAAUAUUUCUUUCAAUACCCUUGCUUUCUUCUUCUUCUUCUUCUUCUUCUUCUUGUCUUCCUUUCUUUUUUUCUUCUUCUUGUUUCCCUUUCUUCUUCUUGUCUUCCUUUCUUCUUCUUCCUUUCUUCUUCUUCCUCUUCUUCUUUUCUUCCUUUCUUCUUCAUCUUCUUUCUUUCUUCUUCUUCUUGUCUUCCUUUCUUCUUCUCUGAGAAGCCCUCUUUUUUUCUUCUUCUGGUCGUCCUUUUCUUUCUAUUUAUUUCUUCUUCCGGUUUCCCUCUCUCCGAUUCCUUUUGGAAUCCAUUUUUUUCUUCGUUUCCUCUUGUUGAUCCUUAAUUCUUAUUCUUUAAAUUGUCCCAUCGUCUUUUUCACAUCCCUCAGAAUGUCUUUCUUUCUAAUCCGUCUGUCUUCUUAUUGUCAUCACUUCUCCCUUCUUCUUCCUAUUUUUAUUGUUCUUUUUUGUUCUUCUUUUUUUCUUCUUCUUUUUCUUCUUCUUUUUUCUUCUUCUUUUUCUUCUUCUUCUUCUUUCUUUCUUGUUGUUGUUGUUGUUGUUCUUCUUCUUCUUCUUUUUUUUCAUAUACUUCUUAUAUUACUUCUUUUUCUUAGACUUAUUAUUAUAUUUCUUUUUAUACGUCUUCUUAUAAUUCUACAUUUUCGUAUACUUCUACUUCUUCCUUUUUCAUAUACUGCUUAUCCUUAUAUUAAUUCUUCCUAUAAUUCUUCUUCGUAUUUUACUUUUAGUCUUCGUUCUUUUUCUUAUACUUCUUCUUCUUAUACUUCUCCUUAUAGUUUUUUCUUCUUUCUUUUCCUUAUACUUCAUUCAUAUACGUUUUUCCUUUCCUUCCUCUUGCUGUUUUUGUUGUUAUUGUUCAUAUUCUUCUUUCUUUCUUUCUUUAUUUCAUUCUUUCUUUCUUUCUUUCUUUCUUUCUUCUUCGGAUUCUUUCCGUUUUUCUCUCUUUCCUUCUUUCUUUCUUUCUUUCUUUCUUUUUUUCUUUCUUUCUUUCUUUCUUUCCCCUUUCCGUAUAGUACAUUCUUUCUUUCUUUCUUUCUUUCUUUCUUUCUUUCUUUCUUUCUUUCUUUCUUUCCCGUAUAUUUGAUUCUUUCUUUCUUUCUUUCUUUCUUUCUUUCUUUCUUUCUUCAUUUAUUUAUUUCCUUAUAUUUGAUUCUUUCUUUCUUUUUUAAAUCUUUCCGUAUAGUACAUUCUUUCUUUUCUUUCUUUUUCUUUCUUUUUUUUCUUUUCUUUUUUUUCUUUCUUUCUUUCCUUAUAUUUGAUUCUUUCUUUCCUUCAUAUUUGAUUAUUUGA